AUGACGCAGCCCGAUCGCCAGCUUAUCGCUCAAGUGAUGCUUUUUUCGCAAGACGCCUUGUUGCGUGAUCUGAUACAAGAUGGUUGCAGCCUGUGCAAGGAGCAGCUCUCCGACCAAUGCCAUUAUGAUUUUGGCCUUCGAGCGCUGAAAUAUGUGUUGGUGAGCGCCGGCAAUAUCAAGCGCGAUGAAAUUCAGCGUAUAAUCGAAAGUCGUCGAGACGAUGUAAGUGGCAUGGUUUUGGUUCUACAGAAGUCUCUUGUAGAUCAUAAUGAAGAGGUGAACGAGGACGAUUUUUCAAGUGAAUUAUCCGAGCAGCAAAUUUUGAUCCAGUCAGUCUGCGAAACUUUGCUCUAUCAGAUCACAAAUCUCAAUCAUGGCCUUAUGCUUGUUGGUGCAAGCGGUAGUGGCAAAACCACUGCUUGGAAAGUGCUACUGAAAGCACUGGAGCGACUUGAAGGAGUCGAAGGUGUUGCGCAUGUUAUCGAUGCGAAGGCGAUGAGUAAGGAUUCGUUGUACGGUGUGCUGGAUCCGAAUACACGUGAAUGGACUGAUGGUCUUUUCACACACAUCAUUCGUAAGAUAAUUGACAAUGUUCGGGGCGAAACGGCUAAACGUCAAUGGGUGAUCUUUGAUGGCGAUGUUGACCCGGAAUGGGUGGAAAAUUUGAAUUCUGUGCUCGACGAUAACAAGCUGCUUACGCUACCGAACGGUGAACGUCUUGGAAUACCUCCAAAUGUCCGUAUUAUCUUCGAGGUAGCUGAUCUGAAAUACGCAACUCUGGCAACGGUCUCACGUUGUGGUAUGGUUUGGUUCAGCGAAGAAAUG